AACAUCUGACCUUUCCAAGAUGGCGCCAGCGUCGCAUACUUACUGUCGCUAUUAUUACAGACUCUUCCGGUUGUGCGGAACGCAGGCAUUUGAGGCCUGCAGGAGACAGUGGCGGGUUCAGUUUUUUGCUGAGACACGCUGGCGGCAGAAUGGACCGGAGGAAAAAGCCUUUGGAUGUUACGGCCUCCUCGUUGGUAGACCUUAAGGCUGAACUCUUCCGAAAACAAGAAGAAUUCAAACAAGAAAAGCUUCUAAAAGAUUCCGGAGUUUUGGGAAAACCAAAAACAACUAAUAAGAAACCCAGUAUCUGGAGCAAACAGAAUGCAGGAGUUUCAAAUCGAGCUGAGAAGGAUACAGAACAGAAGAUCGAGGAACAGAAGACUUUAGACAAAGCAAGGGAGAAAUUGGAAGAAAAAGCCAAAUUAUAUGAAAAAAUGACUAAAGGAGACUUUAUAGAUGAAGAAGUGGAAGAUUUGUACCUUGUGGAUUUCACACAGAAGAUCAUAGAUAAACACAAAGAAAUGGAGGUGUUUGGUGCCAAUAGAGAUUCUAGAAAGGCAGCAGAAAGAGAUGAUGAUGAAGAAAAUCUUUCUGAAAAAGAUAUACCUCCUCCCCAGGACCCCAGUGAAGAAUGGGUGGAUUAUGUGGAUUCUUUGGGGCGAUCUCGGCGCUGUAUGAAAAAGGAUUUGCCAGAUCUGCUGGAAAUGGAUAAAAAUCUUCAAGGGAGGCUUUUUGUUAGUCCUGCUAAUGAGAAAACCUUAUUAUCCGAAGAUAUGAGAAAAGAACUUCAACGCCAGCAAUGGGAGGAAGAAGAAAGAGAGGCCUUGAAAAGGCCAAUGGGGCCCAUACAUUAUGAAGAUAUUCGUGAAAAUGAGGCCCGGCAACUUGGUGUUGGAUAUUUUGCUUUUGCUCGAGAUAAAGAGUUGAGAAACAAGCAGAUGAAAACAUUAGAGAUGCUGCGUGAACAGACAACAGAUCAGAGAACAAAACGAGAGAACAUAAAGGAAAAGCGAAAGGCAAUGUUAGAAGCAAGACUUGCUAAACUCCGACAAAAAAAGAUGAAAAAGUCAAAAGAAGAUGGAGCAGAGGAAGAAAAUAGAGAAGGGGAUGUUAUUGAACCUUUGCCACCAGAACCAGAGGUUGUGCCAACUCCACGUACUGCUGCCCAGAGUAGCAAAGUAGAAGUCAUUGUUCAGGAGAGGAAGGAUACCAGGCCCGGAGUGCCCCAUGUCCGAGAGUGGGACAGAGGAAAAGAAUUUUCCUUCGGGUACUGGUCGAAGAGGCAGGCAGAUCUCCGGGCUGAGAGAGAUCCUGAGUUUGCUCCACCAUCAGAUUAUUUUGUGGGUCAAAGGAGAACUGGUACCUUCGGUAGCCAGACAUGGAACAGACCCGCACCUGCACAGAGUGACCCAGGACAGUGCUCUGGCCAGAACCAUGACCCCAGCUCUUCAUAUACAUCAUCCACUCCUGCCCCCAGCAGCCCACCACAAGCCCCCACAGUCACUUUCGAAACUCUGGAUGAUAUGAUAUCAUAUUAUAAACAAGUGACAUGAACUUCAAAACCAUUCUUGCUUGGGUCUAUACUAUGAUGGUGCCUUUUUCUCCCAAAUUGGGGAAAAUAUAACUUUAAAGAUUGAAUUGUAUCUUUCUCCUCCUGUCCUUUCCCUAGAGGAUACAGACUUCAGGUUGGAUUUGUCAGCAAAGAAGAAAUUGAAUGGUACUGUGGGAAUUCUGUGGCCACUUGGCUGUUCAUUUCUUUCUGAUUGAUAUGGAGACCUGUCCUUCUGGAUUUAUGUGUAAGCUAUCAUAACAUGACCCUAAGGAGCUUGUAA